AUGUGGGACCGGGCCGUUCACCCUCACACCAUCUGGGACCAGGCCGUUCACCCUCACACCAUCUGGGACCAGGCCGUUCACCCUCACACCAUCUGGGACCAGGCCGUUCACCCUCACACCAUCUGGGACCGGGCCGUUCACCCUCACACCAUGUGGGAGUUUGAGCUGGGGUUCACUACGAAGCUCCGUCUGAAGUGCGAGGCUGUUCCCACUCUUGGUCUUCCACGAGCGAGGAAGGAGCUCCCGACGUUGCUGCCCAGCCCCAGACUUCGGGCGCCACUCUGA